CAUUGAGCAUGCCACUGUAUAAAUUCUAAAUCCCUUAAAAUCCUCUAAGACUGAUCUUUUCCUUUCCACUUUUAUGUUGAAUAGCUCCCCUCCUUAGAUUCUGUGUUCUGUCAACUCUGAACUGCAUCUAGUUGGGGUUCCCCCCCUACACACACACACACACACACACACACACACACACACACACACACACAAACGUUUCACUCUGCUGUUUUGUUCAUGAUUCCUCUUCUGUUGUAAUGUUCUCUACUCCCUCUUUUCCUUCUAGCCUGUUAAUAUCUAACACACCUGGGAAUACUUUUAGCAUGGUGGUUAAGAGCCUGGGUUAGCAUUUUGGAUUAUUCUAUUUCUUUAGAAUCACAGUAUUUAACUUUUAUAAACUUUUAUAUUGUCAUGUAUGAAACUGGAAUAAUUUCUACCUCAUAGAGUUCUUGCAAGGAUUAAAUGAGAUAGUAGAUAUAUAAGGAACUUACUACAGUGUCAGUUUUUUUAAAAAAACAAAACACCUCAUCUUGUCUUUUAAUAAGACUCAGCCAAGAGGAUAUAGGUGCACCUCUCUGUUGUGCCUAUCUCUAAUACUAUGAUUACACACUAUUUUUUAACUGAUUUUGAAUGGGCCUCCUCCACUAGACUUAGAGCUCAUUAGAAAUCAAGGACUGCCACGUUUAUCUCAGUAUGACUGGUAACUGACACAUAGAGACAUGAGACAUUCAGUAAAUAUUUGUAGAAUGUAUGCAUGAAGUUUGAAAGAGCUAAUCAUCUCUAGAUAAUGCCUUACCUUUUGCAUAAGAGGCUCCUUUAAGUGUGUACCCUCUGCUCAAGUGAGAAUUUUUGUUUUCCUUUCUCUUGGCCAGUAAUAAAGUCUUAAAAUAGUAAUUACAUUUAUUUCCACCACACUGAGCUGUGAUACCACAGCUGAAAAUCCAGGGAAUCCGUGGGAAGUUGGCACUCUAAAAGAUUAGAUCAUUUUUCCAUGUUCAGUUUGUGUUCUUAUAUUUAUGGAAUUUGGUUUGAGGAUAAUCAAUGGAAGUCCUUCAUAUUCAUGUAAAAUUUGAGAUUUAGGUUUAAAGAAAGGUAUUUCCUAAGACAUUCAGCUUGAAGAAACCCACAAAAAAAAGAAAAAAACAAAACAAAAACUUGAGGUCAGUAGUUCCAAGACCAAGAGAUAUAUUAGUGAAUACUUGACAAUCUAGUUCCUUUAUCUGUUCCCCUACCCUCAAAUUACAACAGUUCUUUGAGUGCUUAUAUAUGACAGACAACAACUCUAUUAGAUGUUAUCUCCCUUCUGUAGAUUAAAAAGCUCAGGUUUAGGUUAAGUUUAGGUUUAUUCAAGAUUUCAAAGCCAGAAAGUAGAGGAGCUGGGAUUUAAAUUUAGUUGUUCCAAUGUUCAUUCUCUUUCCAUUAUGCCAUACUGCCUUUCUAAGUAAAUUGAAAAUAAUAAUAGUGCUUUUAAUUGGUGACUAAACAUUUUAAUAAAUAAUAGAAACCUUAUGGUAAGAUAUUCAGAUAAUAUUUAAGGAGAUAAAGGUUUUCUUAAAAUGUAAGUUUUAAUUCAUGUAGUAUUUCUUUAAGGCAUGUAUAUUUUAUUUUUAACUUGAAUCACCACUGGGAGGACUUAUUUGCCAUCUCAGUGUUCUCAGACUUUAGCAGAUUUGUUUAUUCCUUCCCUUGUUGCAUAAUCCCUAUGCAUUAUAUUGGUCAGGAGGCAGGAAUGUUGCAGAUGUUUUUCUUUCAAACCUCAGCUGGCUCUGAGAUUUGGAAUUAACCUUUAGAAUGUUCUUGAUUUAUCUCCCAUAUGCCAAAGAUCUGUAAAUAUCUUUUCACAUGAGCUGAAAUUUUCAGGCAAUGGAGUGAAAUAUUUGUGAACACAGAUGUUUUCUUAAAAGCAGUUAAUGAAAUCGGAAAAAAAGACCUCAGUGUGGAAAUACUUUAGGUUUCUCCUGUAAUAUGAGCGGCACAUAAAUACUUCCUUCUCUUUGUAGUUCACAUUGUUCAUUUUUUAAGGGAGGAAAUAACUAAACUGAUAAUUAAAAUAUAAAAUUAUUUAUCCUGCUCCCCUCUGCACCUCACUCCUCCCCCAGAGUAAACUAAAAAUGAUUUUGACCUACCAGGGCCACUGGAUUCUGUGAAACUCACAUUGUUUGCGUACUGUUGGAGGGCCUCAUUAGGGGGUAAAUUUGCUUUUUCUGUGUUUGCCAGUAACGUCCCUGUCUCUUACGGGAACUUGCCAUUUGGAUUGUCUCCUUAACUGGCCAGUCUUAAACAGUUCAGUCCCUUAGUUAUUUUUCUUGGUUGCCAAUUUUUUCCUAUUAUUCUUAACGUUUUUAAGUAUUUAAAGCUGAAGAUAUUGGUCACUGAGAUAUUGCCUAGUUAGGGUUCGGCAUUGUGCCCGAAUUUGUUGGGCCUCUCGGGGCCUGAGUUCUCUGUGCUUUAACAAAUGAGCUACAGUUCUCAAGAGAUCAGUGAAGCUUGUUUGUUGAUCCUGUAUUCUCAUCCAGAGGAAGUAGAUCUUUGAGAAUGUCUAAGGAAGGGGUGUUUGUGAACCGAAGUUUAGCCAUGGAGAAAAUAAAGUGUUUUGGUUUUGAUAUGGAUUACACCCUUGCUGUGUACAAGUCCCCGGAGUAUGAAUCCCUUGGCUUUGAGCUUACUGUGGAAAGAUUAGUUUCUAUUGGCUAUCCCCAGGAGCUACUCAAUUUUGCUUAUGAUUCUACAUUCCCUACCAGGGGACUUGUCUUUGACACACUAUAUGGAAAUCUUUUGAAAGUUGAUGCCUAUGGAAACCUCUUGGUCUGUGCACAUGGAUUUAACUUCAUAAGGGGUUCUCAGGUAGCUGCUCCGAAAAGACCAGAAACUAGAGAGCAAUAUCCAAAUAAAUUUAUCCAACGAGAUGACACUGAAAGAUUUUACAUUCUGAACACAUUAUUCAACCUACCAGAGACCUACCUGUUGGCCUGCCUAGUAGACUUUUUUACUAAUUGUCCCAGAUAUACCAGCUGUGAAACAGGAUUUAAAGAUGGGGACCUCUUCAUGUCCUACCGGAGUAUGUUCCAGGAUGUAAGAGAUGCUGUUGACUGGGUUCAUUAUAAGGGCUCCCUUAAGGAGAAGACAGUUGAAAAUCUUGAGAAGUAUGUAGUCAAAGAUGGAAAACUGCCUUUGCUUCUGAGCCGGAUGAAAGAAGUAGGGAAAGUGUUUCUUGCCACCAACAGUGACUAUAAAUAUACAGAUAAAAUUAUGACUUACCUGUUCGAUUUCCCACAUGGCCCCAAGCCUGGGAGCUCCCAUCGACCAUGGCAGUCCUACUUUGACCUGAUCUUGGUGGAUGCACGGAAACCACUCUUUUUUGGAGAAGGCACAGUUCUGCGUCAAGUGGAUACUAAAACUGGCAAGCUGAAAAUUGGUACCUAUACAGGCCCCCUACAGCAUGGCAUCGUCUACUCAGGAGGUUCAUCUGAUACAAUCUGUGAUCUGUUGGGAGCCAAGGGAAAAGACAUUUUGUAUAUUGGAGAUCAUAUUUUUGGAGACAUUUUAAAAUCAAAGAAACGGCAAGGGUGGCGAACUUUCUUGGUGAUUCCUGAACUUGCACAGGAGCUGCAUGUCUGGACUGACAAGAGUUCACUUUUUGAAGAGCUUCAGAGCUUGGAUAUCUUCUUGGCUGAACUCUACAAGCACCUUGACAGCAGUAGCAAUGAGCGCCCAGACAUUAGUUCCAUCCAGAAACGUAUUAAGAAAGUAACUCAUGACAUGGACAUGUGCUAUGGGAUGAUGGGAAGCCUGUUUCGCAGUGGCUCCCGGCAGACUCUCUUUGCCAGUCAAGUGAUGCGUUAUGCUGACCUGUAUGCAGCAUCUUUCAUCAACCUGCUGUAUUACCCAUUCAGCUACCUCUUCAGAGCUGCUCAUGUCUUGAUGCCUCAUGAAUCAACGGUGGAACAUACACAUGUAGAUAUCAAUGAGAUGGAGUCUCCCCUCGCCACCCGGAACCGCACAUCAGUGGAGUUCAAAGACACCGACUAUAAGCGGCACCAGCUGACACGGUCGAUUAGUGAGAUUAAACCCCCCAACCUCUUCCCACUGGUCCCCCAGGAAAUUACACACUGCCAUGAUGAAGAUGAUGAUGAAGAAGAGGAAGAAUAAAGAGGAAAACCAAAACCCUGAGCCCCCAUUAAACGAGUUCUGGCAAGACUUACAGGAGCAAAGGAUGUCCCUGUUUGGGUUCUACUGGGGUACGGGGGUAGGGGGAUUCUAUCAAAGGUACACCUGGAAAGUUUCUGAAGACUUUAAAAUAUUCUAAUCAUAGAGGGAUACCUGUUUUAGUUUUGUGUAUCUGUAUUCUUUGCAGAUGGUUCAAAAUCAUAAUGGAGUCUAUUAUGGAAGAAAGGGUAAAAAUCAGGCUGAACUGCAUGCAGAUGGCUCCACUGUGGCUUGUGACACUGUUUCCUUGUCUUUUUUCAUCAGUAUGUCAUAUACUAAGGGGGUGAAGGGUCUGAGUAGAACAAGAAGGACGAUGGAAAGACGUGACCCAAAAUGCUGUAAUGUUACAAAUUGUGCUAUAACUCCAAAAUCCAACUUUUUCAGUGCAUUACACAGUAUUAUAUCUCCAUGGAGAAAUAUAUUGUUUCCAUUAUCAAAUGUAGUCUGCUGUUAAGGUCAAGUUUCCUUUCAUAUACCUUUUCCCCAGUGACUCUGGCAAGGCUACUUCUCUAGCAGUAGCUUUGCAGUAGUAUUCUCUGCUUGCUUUAGGGCUGAAUUGGACUGCAGGGACUAUUUUGAGGUAAAAGACUGCAUCCUUUCUACAUUUUUUGUUUGAUAGUAUAAAUGCUUAUUUUUUUAAAUCCACAACCAAUCUUUUUCUCAUCUGUGAUAUAAAAAGAAUUAGCUGAAAGGACAAAGGAGCAAACCCCCAGAAAAGGAAAGGAGAAACCUCCUCCCUCCAUUACAACUGAGUAAAAUUCCUUAGUCUGGGCUAUACAGUUGUGGCUCAUGCUACCCCAUUCCAGAUUCUGUCCACUAGGGUUUUACUGUUUUAUUUUAAAAUCGAGCAUUGGAGGAUGGGAAGAGGGCUCUGUAAGCCAGAUUCUUACUAAAGCAGACGGCACAAUCAGUGUGAAUAAAUUCACUUCAGAAUCCCAAGUGAAAUCACUUCUUGUUUUGAAUAAUGAAUCAUUACUGGUAUAUGUUAGGGUAUUAUAAUUACCUCACCGUACAGUGAAAGUUAUUCCAACAUUUUUAACAAGUGGCAUAGACUCUUACUUUAACCUUCAUAUAUUUUCUUCCAUUCUUAUUAUCAUUGGUAAAGAGGGGUGGGUAGAUUAGCUGUUCUAGAAUUCAAUAAAGUAUAAUAUUUCUAA